UAGUGAAAUUUACUCGAAGAAAAAAGGUUAGCAAGCCGAGCCAUCAACUCGAAGGCUACUCUCUCCACCAAACCAAACCCCAAUCCUAAAAUCUUCCCAAUCUCGCCAUGGCGCCGCCGCCGACGACGACCACUGCCGCCGCCGCCGCAGCCGCAGCCACCGCCAUGGCCGCCGGCGUCCGCCACCGCCAGCACUUCCUCCGCCGCGGAGUCCUCCCCUCGCCGGCCUCCCCGCUCCCGUUCGCGUCCCGUGUCUCGUCCGCCUCCUCGCCCCUCCGCCUCCCGCCGCCCCGCUUCUCCCUCUCCCCCAUCCCCAAGACGCUCUCCUCCUCGUCGUCGUCGCAUGUUCCGGUGCGCUCGCUCUUCACCGGCAUCGUCGAGGACGUCGGCAGCGUGCGCCGCAUCGGCCCGCCGCCGUCCGGAGGCUGGGGCGGCGGCGGCGAAGCCCCCGGCGUUGACCUCGAGGUGGAGACCAAGACCCUCCUCGCCGGCACGCAGCUCGGGGACAGCGUCGCGGUCGACGGCACCUGCCUCACCGUCGCGUCCAUCGACCCGGCGGCGUCCACCCUCACCUUCGGCGUCGCGCCGGAGACCCUCCGCCGGACGUCCCUCGGCGACCGCUCCCCCGGCGACGGCGUCAACCUCGAGCGCGCGCUCACGCCGGCGUCCCGCAUGGGGGGGCACUUCGUGCAGGGCCACGUCGACGGCACGGGCGAGAUCGCCGCGUUCCGGCCCGAGGGCGACUCGCUCUGGGUCACCGUGCGCGCGCCUCCCGAGAUCCUGCGGCUGCUCGUGCCCAAGGGCUUCGUCGCCGUCGACGGCACCAGCCUCACCGUCGUCAAUGUGGACGAGGAUGCCGGGUGGUUCGACUUCAUGCUCGUGAGGUACACCCAGGACAACAUCGUGCUGCCCAAGAAGAAGGUUGGGGACAAGGUGAACCUUGAGGCCGAUAUACUUGGCAAGUACGUCGAGAAGCUCCUCGCCGGGAGGGUGGAGGCGAUGUCGAAAGCGGAUUCGUGAAUUGCAGAUUGUUGCGCUGACAACAACUACUCAGUCAAUUAUGUGGGAGGAAAGAGAAAGGAAGGAAGGUGCCUGGUUUGUUGUUGCCUUUGCUCAGUCGUUCGGGAACCAACAGCAAGAGGGACAACGAGAGCCUUUUUCAGACUUGCAAAGUUGGAUCCCUUCUGCACAGCUGCAUUCCAUCGACCAAAACAUUGUACUUACCGCGUUUGUGUUCUUGUAAUAAUGCAGCUUGCGCUGUGCAACUGAGCCGCAGAUGGCAGCACCUGACAAUUGUUACUCGCUUGCCCCCAUUAUAGACACUGCCCUCUGUCAAACUGAAAGUUGAAGAGUUCAGUUCCACAUGAUAAUUGAAUUAUAGAGUUUGGUGCUGCUGCCUGUGCAAUUCUUCUGCUGGCCAAUUUGUUGCCCUGACGAUAUUGUCCUGAAAUAAACAGAAGGGUAGUUUUGCCUCGAUGACAAGGAUAAGCGGAAGCAGAGUUUACUUUGAGUGGUCGAUGCAAUAAGAGA